ACAAGGGUUUCUUUUUCUUCCUCUACUUUUCCUUUGUGUUUUUGGGUAUACUUCCAUCUUCAAGAGAGUGAGGAAGGGUUACGUGGCAACAAUGAGGGAUGUGCAGCGUCAGGAUACGAGUGAUCUCAUCAUCUCUUCUGAUUUCAAAGAACUCACUUUUGCUGCUAAGAAGCUUGCCAAUCAUGCACUCAAGUUAGCUCUUAUGGGUUUUGGAACUUCGUUGCUUGAAUUGGUUGCAUCUUUCGCUGCAAUCUACUUACUGAUUUUGGACCGAACACAUUGGCGAACAAAUAUUCUCACAGUGCUUUUGAUCCCAUAUAUCUUCUCCAGUCUUCCUUCUCUAAUUUUCAACAUAUUCAGCGGAGAAGUUGGAAAAUGGAUUGCUUUUAUUGCUGUUGUGUUGCGCUUGUUCUUCCCUAAACGUUUCCCAGAUUGGCUAGAAAUACCGGGCGCUCUAAUUCUUCUAAUAGUGGUUGCUCCUAGUUUACUUGCAAGCACCCUAAGAGGCAGCUGGAUUGGAGUUGCAAUAUGCCUUGCCAUUGCCUGUUAUCUUCUUCAAGAACAUAUUCGUGCAUCAGACGGGUUUCGAAAUUCCUUCACAAGAGCCAAGGGCUUAUCAAACACAAUUGGCAUCAUCAUUCUGUUGGUGUAUCCUGCCUGGGCAUUGGUAAUUGACCUCUUAUAAGUUCAGCAUAAUUAGAAGCCUGUGAAUUGUUUGAGGUUCGUUGAUAUUUGAAACGUCUCCUCUGUAUCAUCAAUCUGUUGAGACUAAUAAACAUGUUUUUCCUGUUUUAAAAAUCCAACUUAUUGUUUCAUCAUGUUCCUGCACUGAUAUAGAAAGAAUAACCCCCCCAAGAACAU